UUUGCAAAAUGGCGCAUCUUUCACUUUCUUCGUACCUUCAAAUGCUAGAAGAUGCUAUUCAAAGAGGCAAUGGUAUCAAAGUUUCUGAAUUACUAUCAUUUAAACAUGCUCAUGUAGCUAACCCCAGACUACAACUAGAGGAACCAGAAUCUCAGUGUCAGAGGUUUUUUCAUCCACCAUAUGAUGAACUAGUCUCAGCCCAUUUAAGGUGUUGUUGGUGUGUAUCUAAUCUUGAUUUUAUACAAGCUUCUACUUGCCAGGCCUCAGUUGUACAAACAUUCACCAAGAUAUUUCAGAGUCAGAAAGAAGAGAAUUGGUGUUUACCUGUUAUGUAUGCUGUUUGUUUAGAUCUUAGAUUGUUUGCUAAUAGUGCUGACAUACAAGCUGUAAAUAAGAGAAAAGGUAAACCAGGAGAAAACCUAGAGAAAGCAGCAGAAUUAUUGAUGGGAUGUUUUAGAGUUUGUGCUAGUGAUAAUCGAGCAGCAAUAGAUGACUCUAAAAAAUGGGGAAUGUUAAAUCUAGUGAAUCAAUUAUUUAAGAUAUAUUUUAAGAUAAAUAAACUUCACCUAUGUAAACCUCUAGUACGAGCUAUUGACAGUUUACCAAUUAAAGAUCAAUUUUCACUCUCACAACUUAUCACAUUCAGAUAUUAUGUAGGAAGAAAGGCCAUGUUUGACAGUGACUUUAAAAGUGCUGAAGACUAUUUAACAUUCGCAUUUCAACAUUGUCAUCAUAGAAGUAAGAAGAAUAAAAGAUUGAUAUUGAUAUAUCUUAUACCAGUUAAAAUGUUACUGGGUCACAUGCCGAAAGUAACAUUAUUAAAGAAAUAUGAUUUAACACAGUUUGUAGAGGUUGUGAAAGCUGUCAGCACUGGUAAUCUAUUACAGUUAAAUGAAGCUCUAGAGACAAAUGAAGCUUUCUUUAUUAAAUGUGGAAUUUAUUUAAUUCUAGAAAAAUUAAAAGUUAUCACAUACAGGAAUUUAUUCAAAAAAGUGUAUUUAAUAUAUGACAAAAAUCAUUUAAUACCAAUAGAGACAUUAACAUCAGUUCUUAAAAUGAUGGAGGUAGAAGAUGUUGAUGAUGAUGAAACAGCCUGUAUUGUAGCCAAUCUUAUUUAUGAGAACAAGAUAAAGGGCUAUAUUUCACAUCAACAUAAAAAACUGGUCGUCAGCAAACAAAAUCCAUUUCCUCAGUUAUCAACCGUUUUAUAGUCUAGAUCUUCCAGUCUGCCAACAUAAUCAUUUCCACAGCCAACUCAUCAUUUAUAGUCAAGAACAAUCAGUCUGUAAACAGAAUUAUUUUCACUGUUUAAUAGUCAAGAACAAUCAGUCAGCUACCUACUGUUUUAGAGUGAUAUUAUUAUUAUGUAGUCUAUAAAGACAGCGAAGGAAUAGUUGGCAUUUCAUCAUGAAUUGGCAAAUUCAGCGGUGUAGUUAUUUUUUUUCAGUCAUCAAAUAGCCAGAGACCUCUCAGAAAUAUAAGUUCAGAAGACACAAACUUUAUAUUUUGUAUUUGUGAAAUGUAUUUUUUUGUAAAUAUCAUUGAAAAUUACAUAUUAGGAAGAGAAACAUUGAUCAUAAAUUGU